AUGGGAGUACUAAGGCUACUCGGGCCACCUGUGCUGGCGUCGCCAAACAGAUCAAGCUCAGGGGACCCAAGCCCUGAUCCUGAUAAGAUUUCAUGGUUUGAUUCAAGAAAGAGUGACAAAUGCUACAUGCUAUCAUCGAGAUCAUUACAUAUUGAACAUGUAGAUACCCCGGCUACUGGAAAUGGAUCAACCGCUCGGAUUCCAGCCCUAAAGGUCUACUUCUUGGCGGUGAUUGGGGAGAUUUUAACCGCAGACCUGUCCCCAGGCACGACCUACAUGGUUUACCUGGUGUACAAGCUGGCUAGCGACACCGGUGGCCUGAGCGGUGCCCAGACGUCAUCGGCCAGGCUCUACGGUGAGAGGACCGUCGCCACCAGCAGCGUCAGUGUGGAUCCUGCAGCAUGUACAGCUGAUGCGGGCGUGGUUCGGCCUGUGGCCAGACACGACGGCUGGAUGGAGCUGAAGCUGGCCGAGUUCGCCCCUGAUGACAAGCUGCUGCUGAACGAGAGGGCUGUCAUAGUGGACUUCCGCGAGGAGAACAUUCGCGUGCCGAAGUGGGGACUCAUUGUCGAAGGUAUGGAGUUCAGGCCCAGGGAUUGA